AUGCCUCUGUCAAACGCUACAGUUGCGAUAACCGACAUCCGCCGCAAUGACUUGAUCAAUUCGCUGGCCGAAGGUAUCCUGCAGGGCCUCGAAGCGAAGGAUGGCGUUCAGAAAUGCCUGCCCACCUUACUUCUGUACAACGCCGAGGGCCUUCGAUUAUUCGAAGAGAUCACCUAUCUGGAAGACUAUUAUCUUACGAAUGCCGAAAUUGAUGUUCUAACUACAAAUGCAACCAACAUCGUUGAGCGGGCCCCAGAAAACGCACAAUUGCUCGAGUUGGGAAGCGGGAAUCUUCGAAAAAUCGAGAUUCUGCUGAAUGAGUUUGAGCGGAAGAAAAAAUCCGUGGAGUAUUUGGCACUUGAUGUUUCUCUGGAGGAGCUGCAAAGAACCUUUGCGGAAAUUCCAUCUAAAAGCUACAAAUACGUCAAGUGUGGAGGCUUACUAGGGACGUAUGACGAUGCACUUACCUGGCUGAGGCAGUCUGAAAACAGGCGUAAGCCCACCUGGAUUAUGUCUUUAGGUUCUUCUAUCGGAAAUUUUUCCCGGUCAGAAGCGGCACACUUUUUAUCAGGAUUUGCCAAAACAUUGGGCCCAGAGGACUCUUUACUCAUUGGACUGGAUUCCUGUAAGAACCCUCAAAAAGUCUUUCGCGCUUACAAUGACAGGAAAAAUGUGACCCGAGAAUUUUAUCUCAAUGGAUUAGCCAAUGCAAACUCCAUCCUUGGCUCUGAAGCUUUCAAACGAGAUGAAUGGGAUGUCAUUGGCGUAUAUCACGAAGAAGACGGAUGCCAUAAAGCGUAUUACACCCCAACAAAAAAUGUUGUUAUCAAUGGGUUGCCCCUUGAAAAGGGAGAAAGGGUUUUUUUCGAACAGGCCUUCAAGUAUGAUAGGCAGGAGUAUGACUCGCUAUGGGAGCAGUCUGGCGUCACGCCAACUGCCAGGUUCAAUGGUAGCGCUGGCAACUACAAUAUCCAUCUCCUUUCUUCAUCACCGUACAUUAUACCUACACAGCCAGCAGAGUACGCGCCUACCUUAACACCGUCUUUAAAAAGCUAUGAGGCUCUUUGGAAGCUUUGGGACACAGUCACCACCGAGAUGGUUCCUCAAAAUGAGCUACUCUCUAAGCCAAUCAGUCUCCGAAACGCCUUAGUAUUCUAUCUAGGACAUAUUCCGGUCUUUCUGGAUACGCACAUCUGCAACGCCACCGGAUGCAAACCUGCUGAACCUAAAUCAUAUGCAACUAUGUUUGAGCGUGGAAUAGAUCCCGACGUGGACAACCCGGCAAAAUGCCAUGCCCACAGUGAAAUUCCUUCACAGUGGCCUCCGAUACAAGAUAUUCUACAGUUUCAAGCCACCGUGCGCAAUAAAGUCAGGGCAUUAUUUGCCAACCUACAAGGAGCGAAUGAUAGACGGAUUCAUGAAGCUUUAUGGAUCGGAUUCGAGCAUGAGGCGAUGCACUUAGAAACAUUUCUCUACAUGUUACUACAAAGCGACAGAAUUCGUCCUCCACCUGGGGUGCCUAGACCAGACUUUGAAUAUCUAGCGAUCCGAUCUUCUCAAGAAUCCGUUCCCAAUGAAUGGUUCAUCAUUCCAGAACAAACUAUCACCAUCGGAUUAGACGAUCCCGACCCAUCCCAGAUUCCACCACAGUCGUUCGCCUGGGACAACGAGCAGCCUUCUCGUGUAGCGAAUGUGACUUCAUUUAUGGCUAAGGGCCGACCGAUCACAAAUGGUGAAUAUUCGAUAUAUCUCGAAUCGAAAGGAGUACGCACUUCCCCGGCCUCAUGGAUCAAACAAACUGAUACGGCUAUGAAAUCUGGUAACCAGACUACUGGUUACACCAACGGCACAAAUCACAAUGAGAGUAGCGCUUCUCUUGAUUACAUAAAGAAAUUUUGUGUGCGGACGGUAUUUGGGCCGGUACCUCUCCGAUUUGCACUCGAUUGGCCUGUCCUGGCUUCCUAUGAUGAACUCAAUGGCUAUGCUCAGUGGGUGAAUUGUAGAAUACCCACCCUUGAGGAAGCGCGAAGUAUUUAUCAAUAUUCAACAUUCCUUAGAUAUCAGGGAUUGGAAGAAAAAAGUCAACACUCCAACAUGGCCCAUACUAAUGGAGCCAACGUACACCAAAAUGGCAAACCCCGUGCGCCAGACCACCAACCGGUUUUACAGAAUUCCGUGAGGCCCCCGCCAGUGUACCUUGAUCUCGACGGAUACAAUGUCGGAUUUAAGCACUGGCACCCCACUCCUGUCACCCAGAACGGAAACAAGCUCUCCGGACAAGGCGAUAUGGGUGGCGUGUGGGAGUGGACAAGUUCGGCCUUAGAAGUUUACGAAGGCUUCAAGGCUAUGGAUUUGUACCCUGCCUAUACUGCUGAUUUUUUUGACGGAAAACACAACAUCAUUCUUGGAGGGUCAUGGGCUACCCAUCCUCGAAUUGCCGGCCGUACAACAUUUGUCAACUGGUAUCAGCGAAAUUACCCCUAUGUAUGGGCUGGCGCGCGUCUGGUUCGCGAUGCCUAA